UGUUGUGCCUCGAUUGCCGAGCAUAACACCGGACCAAUCAUCCUGACACCCCCAUAUCAUCUCAUCGGCUGAUACGCAACCGCAAGGAUCAAAUUGAUUACGUCUCGGGAUCUUCCGAAUCUGCCUGCCAAUCCAUCCCUUAUACGAGGGAGGAUUGAAUCUUGAGAAUCUAUCUCGAAUCUUAAAGAUAGAGCUGGAUCUUCGUUUCUCAUUUCUAUGCUGGCAGGUUCUGUAGAUUUCUAGAUUCUGUGCCCAAACUUUACUAAUAUUGGAGAACGUAAUCAAGAUUCUGUGUGAUUACUGGGGGUUGAUUUCGUCACCCAAUUGUCAAUCGUUGAGAUUGGGUUGUUGAUUUGAUGGGUUAUAUGGUAGAGUCAGAUCAGGGGGCUGCUGGCGGUGGAGGAAAGUCAGGGUUUAGAAGUUUGGUGAGGAGGAAAAGGGUUGAUUCCGUUCAUUCUAAGACAUCAGACACAGGCCAUCAUCAAUUGGCUAAGGAACUAUCCAUUGCUCAUCUCAUUUCUAUAGGUGUUGGUUCAACGAUCGGAGCAGGGGUUUACAUUCUUGUGGGUACAGUUGCUCGAGAGCAUUCUGGUCCUGUUCUUGCCUUUUCUUUCCUAAUAGCAGGGAUAGCAGCUGCUCUUUCUGCCUUUUGUUAUGCUGAGCUUGCAAGUCGCUGCCCUUCAGCCGGAAGUGCCUAUCAUUAUUCCUACAUCUGUGUUGGAGAAGGUCUUGCUUGGAUUAUAGGCUGGGCUUUGAUUUUGGAAUAUACAAUCGGAGGAUCUGCAGUUGCUCGUGGCAUUUCUCCUAAUCUGGCAUUGCUUUUUGGAGGUCCAGAUAGUCUGCCAGCAUUUCUUGCACGACAUUCUAUUCCUGGUCUUGGUAUUGUGGUCGACCCAUGUGCAGCAAUUUUGGUGUUUAUUGUUACGGGGCUAUUAUGUGUGGGGAUCAAGGAGAGCACUUUCGUGCAAUCGGUUGUCACGAUAGCAAACAUAUGUGCCAUGAUAUUUGUCAUAAUAGCCGGUGGAUAUCUAGGAUUCAAGAGCGGAUGGAUUGGCUAUGAACUUCCUGUUGGGUACUUCCCUUUCGGAGUAGAUGGGAUGCUUGCUGGGGCUUCUACAGUCUUUUUCUCAUACAUAGGGUUUGAUUCAGUUGCAAGUACAGCAGAAGAGGUGAAAAAUCCUCAAAGGGAUUUGCCUUUGGGUAUUGGGGCUGCUCUAUCUAUUUGCUGCACCUUAUAUAUGUUGGUGUCUGUCGUCAUUGUUGGUCUAGUACCCUAUUACGCAAUGGAUCCUGACACCCCUAUCUCUUCGGCAUUUGCAAGCCAUGGUAUGCAAUGGGCUGUGUAUAUUAUAACUACCGGAGCUGUCACUGCUCUCUGCUCAACGCUAAUGGGUUCACUUUUGCCUCAGCCACGAAUCCUGAUGGCAAUGGCUAGAGAUGGUUUGCUCCCACCAUUCUUUUCAGAAGUAAAUAAGAGCACCCAAGUUCCUGUCAAGAGCACAAUUCUGACUGGUUUGAUAGCUGCAACCUUGGCAUUUACCAUGGAUGUCGAGCAGUUGGCAGGGAUGGUUAGUGUAGGUACACUUCUUGCAUUCACUAUGGUGGGAAUUUCAGUGUUAAUACUUCGGUAUGUUCCACCAGAUGAGGUCCCACUUCCAUCUUCGCUUCAGGCAGCAAUAGAUUCGGUUUCUUUGCGUUAUAGCAAUAAUAUUCAUACGGAAGAAACCGAUGUUGAGACCAGCAAGGAUCAAAGUGGUGUUUCUGGGGAGAAAAGUGAACUUUUACCGAGAAAAGGAGAGGCAUCAAGUAAAUAUCCUCUAAUUGCUAAAGUAUCAGCUCAAGCCAUUUUCAACGAAAACAGAAGAAGAAAUGUUGCAGGGUGGACUAUAAUGCUUACUUGUGUGGGAGCAUUUAUUCUUACAUAUUCAGCCUCAAAUCUUGGUCUUCCUAGUUUAUUUCGGUUUACGCUUUGUGGAAUUGGUGGUGUUAUGUUAUUAUUCGGUCUAGUUGUGCUCAGUUGUAUAGAGCAGGAUGAUGCCAGACACAACUUUGGGCAUGCAGGCGGUUUCAUAUGCCCAUUUGUUCCUCUCUUGCCUAUCCUUUCGAUUCUCAUCAACAUGUACUUGCUGCUAAAUCUUGGGGUGGAUACUUGGAUGAGAGUAUCCGUAUGGCUUCUGAUAGGAGUAUUUGUGUACGUGAUAUAUGGGCGGAACCACAGCUCACUACAACAUGCAGUAUAUGUGCCUGCCGCUCAUGUGGAUGAAAUUUACAAGAGCAGUGCAGAAUCCUUGCCUUCUCAACAAUAAAAAAACAAGAUCAAAUUCAGAUUGUUUAUGCAUCAGUUACUUGUACUAUUAAACUUUUUUGUAUAAUAUAGAUGUUAACUAUGAAAGGGCAUGUUAAAUGUCAUGUAAAUAUAUAUAUUUAUUGAGUUUUUACAACUCCAGAAUGAAAUGUACCAUAUGUUGCUUUCAGAUAUGUUCAUAUGUUGGUUUUUGUA